AUGGACUCGUCAGAAACACGAACGCUAUGCAGAUAUGGCACAAAAUGUUAUAAUAAAGAUCCAUCUCAUCUCAAAGAAUAUUCUCAUCCACACAAACCACAAGACGCUAAUGAUAAGUGCAAAUCAAAUGAUGCACAAUCUUCAUUAGCAAAGCAAACUCGAUGUCGAUAUGGUAAAGAUUGCUAUGACAAAGAUCCAUCUCAUCUCA